AUGAGAAAGUGUGCAAUUGCUGCGGCCUCGGUCGCUUGUAUCGCCGGUUCCAGCUUCGCCGGUGUCAUCGGCCCCGACGUGAUCGUGGGCUCGCUGCCGAACCUUCAGCGUUUCGGCAACGUCGGUCAGAUCACGGGUUACUCGAUCGCGACCACGUCGUGCAACAUCGGUGACCAGAUCCUCAAUUGGAACCCGAACACGAACAUCCACCCGGUGAUCAGCCAGUCGAUCAGCCGCGUCGGCCCCGCCGGCGACAACGGCACCAAGAUCGAGAUGCUCGGCAUCUCGUGGCUCAAGCACGGCUUCUGCGCCCUGCAGGGCACGGUCUGCGGCUCCUGCCAGCCGGCGGGCGGCGGCUGCCCCCCGCGUCUGGGCAUCGGCUGCUCCGACCCCUACUCCUCGGGUCUCAACGGCCAGCAGUCCAACCUCGGCCUGCCCGCUGACGUCAACGCCCACACCGGCUUCUACUCGAUGCCGUUCACGGGUGUGAACCAGUCCGGCAACCAGAUCUUCAAGCGCAUCCAGGUCGACGCCAACCUGCUCGACCCGGGUCAGAACCCCGGCGCGACCUACUGGGGCGCCGGUCAGUACGUCCAGUCCGAGGACUCGUCCUUCGGCAACCAGGACAACAACGCGUCGCACCGCCAGAUCCUGGUGAGCUCCGGCAGCGUCAACUCCGGCUACAACCUCCUGUUCACGGGCUCGACGGUCCGCGAAGAGCCGGUCAUCUUCGCGUGGGAGACCGUUGACAACAGCGUCACGAUCAUCCCCGUCGACGUCCCCGAGACCGCGACGGCCGGCGACAACAACGGCCGCGUGUACUUCGCCUACGACGUGUCGCAGAACAACGACGGCACCUGGCACUACGAGUACGCGAUGAACAACGUCUCUUCGGACAACCGCAUCCGCGGCUUCCGCAUCCCCGGCCUCGACAUCGCCGACAUGAUGAACAUCGAGUUCACCGACGUCGACUACCACUCCGGCUCCCCGAUCUCCAACACCGACUGGAACACCAACGCGUCGACCAGCGAUGACUUCGAGAUCCGCGGCCCGAGCUUCGGCUCCAACCCGAACGCGAACUCCCUGUGGUGGGGCCGCCUCUACCGCAUCGGGUUCGACUCCCCGAACGCCCCCGAGAUGGUGACCGCGCAGCUCCGCACGUUCAAGUCGAACGAGCUGCUCGACGUCUCCGUCAUGGCCCCGCAGUCCGCCAACGUCUGCCUCGGCGACUGCGACGGCUCCGGCACGGUCGACUUCAACGACCUCGUCGCCAUGCUCUUCGAGUUCGGUUCCGCCGACGACGGUGCCUGCAACGCCGACCUCACCGGUCGCGUUGACUUCAACGACCUCGUCGCGGCCCUCUUCCUCUUCGGUCCCUGCCCGUAA